AUGAAAUUGAAUCCUCAAUGGAUUGAAUUGGAUUUGGAAAAGUAUCAAUUCAUGAUUGUGUUCACUUGUAAAACUUGCAAUAGAUUUACUGGAAAUAUCCCAGAAGAGUAUGGAAAGAUUAAGUCUUUGUGGAAGUUGAAUUUGAGUUCUAAUGCCCUUUCUGGGUCAAUCCCAGAAUUUAUUGGGCAAUUGAAAAAUCUGAGGUUUUUGGAUUUGUGUAAAAAUGGGUUUUCAGGGGAAAUUCCACCCACAUUAUUUGAUAGUUGUGGCAAAAUGAAGUUCAUUUCUCUAUCAAGCAACAAUCUUACUGGUUCAAUUCCUGAUUCUGUGAUCAAUUGCACAAAUCUUAUUGGUUUUGAUGCUUCCUACAAUGUGCUUGGUGGUAAUAUGUAA